ACGCAGUGUUGCCGUUUGCCCUCCGAAGAGAAAUCCUCACGAGGAUGUCGGGGCGUGCGAAAGAGAUGAAGGCGGCAGAGAAGUGGAGCUCUGUGAUAUCCACGGUGCGACGUGCGGAUGGAAUGGACGACGUGCUGCUAUGUGAGGUUGUCCUGGCGCUCAUCUUCCUGACAGGGACCGCAGCCAACGCCACAGUCCUGCUCGUCCUGUACAGACGACCUGCCCUGAGGACGCUGUCCAACAGAUUCGUCGUGAACCUGCUGUGCACGAACCUGGUGUCGACCUCCGUUCUCCUGCCCCUGGCACUGCUGAAUGCCAUCGAGCACCCUGUCGGCGAGGGUGUGACCGCGGGAAUGUGCGCUGCCUCGGUGUUGGCCGUGUUUCUCAUCUCGCUGGACCAAUACUGUGCCGUGGUCGACCCUCUGCGCUACCAUGCGCGGAUCAGCAAAGCGCGCUCCGUGGGGCUGAUGCUGGCCGCGUGGAGUGUUGCCUGUCUGCUCGGUGUGCUGCGCGGGGCGGGAGAAUGGAGCGAGCACUUCGACUACCGGUCCACUUUCGCCGCCGUGUUCAUCGCCGUGGUCUUCCUCGUGCCGUUCUUCGCCAUCUUGUGGAUGUACGUGUGCAUCUACUCGGCCGCGCACAAGAACAGCAAGCGAACGCGCAGAACGGGUUCGGGGCCCAUCGCAAGUGCCACCGGAUCGCACAAGUGCCGCGUCUCGAACGCGAGCAUGUUUCUGUACCGCGAGGAGACGCGAGCAGCGCGGGUCUCGGCCCUCGUCAUCGUGAUGGCGCUCGUGUGCUGGCUGCCCUACGUCACCGUUCUGGGCCUGCGCACUCUCACGCACGUUCCACGGUACGUGCACUACGCAAGCGUCACGCUGCUGGUGUCCGCGGCCCUCGUCUCGCCCUGCCUCUUUCCGUACCGCAACCGGCGCAUUCAGCGCGAGGCACGCAGACUUCUGGGGAUCCCCCGUCGGGACAAAGACGGCCGCAGCCGGCAGCAGAAGCCACAGGUCUCGUCGGAGGAGGGAACAAAUAGGCAGAUCGGCUUCCUGGCCAGUUGCGUGCGAGAGCCAGCCAAGGGGGAGCUCGUGGUAAUCCCCGACAGUGCUCUGGCGGUGGACACUUGUCGCAGCUCAUUUUCGAGUGGCGGCAGCAGCAGCACGCAGGGCACGUCGUCCAUCAUGGACACAGACUGAAGCCAGAACUGCCCUAAGCUGAGAAAGUCGCGGUUUAGUCCUACAUAAAUCAUGAAGCUGCUCCUGUGGCAACCUGUUUCUUCCUUCUUGUGCCCAGACAUCUUUGUCGUAAAAUGUUCAGACGCAUGUCUUUUUUCCCGAAAGACGUGACAUCCACGCAGAACAACUGCAAAGUUGAGUUAUAUUAAAGUAAAGCGAAGAAUUUUGUGAAAUUUAAGUAAAAUGCUCUUGCCAUUGCCCAGUUUGCCCGCCAGCAAUCAUCACAUGUCGCUGAUGAUAAUGUAACAAAUGGGAAACGCUGGUGAUGGUGCCCGGUAAUCCAGAGAGCGUGCGUUCAUUUUAUUUAUUUGUUGUAGGUCAUACUGUACAGUGUGGAUGGAGAACCUGCAAAAACAGGAAUAAAAACUAAUUGAUUGCCAAAAUGUGCAAGUUUAUUUUAGCCAUGUAUUAAGAGGUUGGCAGCUCCCCACAUUCAGAUUGGUUCUUGCUGGAAGGUUGUUGGGUAGUUUCUUGUUGCGUUUGUUCAUAAUCCAUUACAACACGAGGAAACAACAGGGUUUUAGUGUAUGUGUCUCUUAAAGAAUGGAGUGUGAUCUUCAGAAGUAUUUUUAUUAGCAUAAUUUAACUGUAAAGUAUUCUUCUGACAGGUGGAAGUGGAUGGAGUGUUUCUGUGUUUGUCCGUACGUAUUUCGGUGCAUGUGUGUUCUGCAAAGACUGAACUUGUAAUUGGCCUGUGUUUGUAACUUGAAGACUGCGAAGUCCACAAAGAGGAGGGACGUUUUGCUUUCAACGUGAACAGACAUUGGUACUUGGUACAGCGACACAGUUUAUUAUGUUCUUAUAACUGUCUCAUAUUCCACUGUUAGAAAGAAAGAAAUCAAUAAUAUUUCAAUAAGAGUUUGUGCAUCUCAUAAGCGCAUUGUGUGUGAUGCUUCGUUGAAUUGCCCACGACAGUUUACUUGCCACCUGAAUGUCAUAAUAGUCUUUAUAACUGACAUGAAAUAGAAUGUCACGUGGCCACACAUGGAGAGGUUAGGGAGGAGUUUUAUUGGUAUACUAACAUAACCAAAGGCAAUUAAUUAUUCUUCUAUUUUCCCUAUCAUGUUUUUUUAUGAGAAAAUACUAAGUUUGUUUGAGUAACGAAGGUAAUGCAAGUUGCGAGAAAUUGUUGGUGACGGUCUUCUAUUGUAACCCAAAACCCUUUCUUUAUUUUACUUUUCCUUUAUUUUGAAAAUACAGUAUUAUUGUGUCCUACAGAAUUGUUUUAGGUUGAUGCAAAGAAGUGGGUAAGUGACAGCUGAUGUUUGAUAUGUUGUUGACAAACCUCUUGCAUGUGAGCCAGAAAGUGGGUUCAAAUUAUUUGGGGGCCCAUCAUUAUCCACAUUCUGAAUAAAUUAUUGGGUAAGUAACUAGAAACUGAUAAUGAAACAAAACUUUUUCACAAAAAUACAAGCAAAUUAGAAUAAAAUGCUAUGUAAAGACAAAAAUGAAUAAAAUUAAAGCAUAGAUCA